GAAUUCCUGUGACUAUGGAUUUCAAAUUUAAAUGCUGGAGGAGCUAACACAGCUGCUUUUUUAGAAGCUGUGAUCGUUUCUGACGAAAUGCAGGCACAGGUUGCAAUGGGACACCCCAUGAUGUAUGCCCCAGUUGCCGUGGAUGCCAGCAAGGCUCCUCCUCGGAGGGGUAAGAGUGUGGAGGACCUGGUGAGUGACAGGUGGGAGAAAGAUAGAUACCUCCAAAUGCAGAUGCACUAUCAGCAACCGCAGCAGCUACAGCAGCAAACCGUGUACCCAGAGGACUUCAGGCCUUCACCAGGAUAUUUGGAAAACCAAGGCUUUUUUGGGCAAGCCGGUGGCAUGCGUCAGACCAGCUGGGAAUAUGAGGACUGGGACAGGAGCCCAUACAGAGAGGGCUUUACACCGCAGAGCAGCCCUUACUUCUACCACUCACCUGAACCAAGAAUGCCACCUGAAAGGACUGGCAAGCACUGCUUUUAUGAGCCUAGCGAAGCUAUGAAAGACAACUUUCCUGACCACAGAGAUCAAAGGGACUAUGUUUGGAGCUCCCAAGCACAGGAUUAUUCAAACCGUACUAACCGAGACAGGUACGACUACUGGGACAUGGAUGAGUAUUAUGAUGAGAGGAGACCUAACAGCAGUCAGGAUCGAUAUGCUUACUCCAGUGAUGGAGACAAGAGGGAUUCUUAUGAUAAAGCACGUUACAGGGAUCGUUAUGAGGACCACAGAGGCUAUGAUUCCUAUGAACAAAAAAAAGUGGACCUCAAAGACAGCAAACGAAAGGAUUACUACGACACUAGGCAAAGGCAUAAAUAUGAGUACAGGGAUACAGACCACUAUGAAGGCAGAGAAGCUGACUGCUACGAUCGCGGAGAGAGGGACCAUUACCAAAGAGAGCGAGAUAACAACUCUAGGAAAACAGAUCGAUAUGCCUACAAAGAGAAAGAAAGCCGGGAUUAUAGAGAAAACGACAGGUAUGAUAGAAAGGAUAAAGAAGACGACUACAGAAAAGCAGACCACUACACCUACAGAGAAAACUCUGAUAGAAGAAGAAAUGACCGGUAUGAAAGAAAGGGUGAUAAAUACAACAAGACAGCAGAGCACUGUGUCUCCAGCGAGAAAGACUACGAUUAUAGACAAGAAAAUGACCGGUAUCAUAGAAGAGGUGAUGAGGAUUAUAAAAAACCAGAUCACUAUUCCAACAGAAAGAAGGAUAGCUCUGAUCGAAUAGAAAAUGACCGGAAUGAUAGAGAGGGCAAUCGGGGACAUAGGAAAGCAGAUCGCUAUGCCUACAGAGAGAUGGAUAAGUCAGAUAGAAGAGAUAUUAGCCAGUUUGAUAAAGAGGACGAUAAAGACUCCAGAAGAUUACAUCGCUAUGCCAGCAGAGAGAAAGACAGCAGUGAUCGAAAAGAAGUUGACCGGUACAGUAGAAGAGGAGGUCAAGAUCAUAGGAAAGCAGAUCGUUAUGACCACAGAGAAAAAGACAGUAGUGACAGUGGUGAUCCAAGAGAAGUGGACCGGUACAGUAGACAGAGUGAUAAAGAUUGUAAACAAGCAGAUCGUUACGCCCACAGAGAGAAAGACAGUAGUGAUAGAAGAGAAGUGGACCGGUACAGUAAACAGAGUGAUCAAGCUGAUAAACAAGCAGAUCGUUACGCCUACAGAGAGGAAGACAGUAGUGAUCGAAGAGAAGUGGACCGGUACAGUAAACAGAGUGAUCAAGCUGAUAAACAAGCAGAUCGUUACGCCUACAGAGAGGAAGACAGUAGUGAUCGAAGAGAAGUGGACCGGUACAGUAAACAGAGUGAUCAAGCUGAUAAACAAGCAGAUCGUUACGCCUACAGAGAGGAAGACAGUAGUGAUCGAAGAGAAAAUGACCAGUACGACAGAGAGGGGGGUCAAGACCAUAGGAAAGCUGAUCGCCAGGCCUACAAAGAAAAGGAUAGCUUAGAUCGGAGAAAAAUUGACCCUUAUGAGCAAAGGAAGGACAGUCUCAUUAAAUGUAGCGAAAAGGAUAUUGAUGAUCGUAGAAAAGUGGAGCACUAUAAACACAGAGACAAUCCAGAUGUUGAGCAUCAUGACAAAAAAGAGUCUGUUUCUAGUACUGAUCCAAGGGGCCAGGAUACUAAGUCUCAGAAAACAGACCAGAAUAAGAGUGAAAACAAGGCUCACUACGAACCUCUGGAGCAGGAUUUUGGUGAUCAAAUCCAAACAGACCAAGGAAGUAAUGAGGACCACAACCAGCUCAAAGAUGCUGAUAGUUAUGUUAAUAGAGACAUGGACAGCAGAGAACUUUGGUCAGAUGACUGUUACGAUAGUGAAGUAAAAGACACUUUUAGAGAUGAUGAAUGUGAACACAAAAGCAGGGACCACUACAAAGUAUCCAAGGACUAUAAACAAGAGGGGUACAGCAGUGACACUGGAAGUUGGAAGCACAGUAAGGAGUGGGAAAAGAAUAUUUACUACACACAAAAACACAAAGUAAGGGCCAUGAGGAGCUACGAGGAUCACCCCUCAAACACAGAGGACCCCAAAAAUGGGUCAAACAAUUACCCAGACUCAGGAAAACUGUAUACAGAAAAACUAGGCUGUACUCAAAAAGCACUUUAUGCAGGAUCACUGGACAGGAACAGUUUCUACAGAAGAACAGCACCUAGUUCAAUAAGGACCUCAGAGUUUGUCAUCAACCGGAAGCAGAAACAAGAAAUGACUCUUCUGUCAGCUCAGCCUACACCUGAAGAGUCCGCCUCAGCCUCAGCCACCACUACUGAAGAUCCAGAUCAGAGGAUGCUGGAGAAAAGGUCAAAAGUCAUAGAGGAGCUUCUGCAAACUGAAAGAGACUAUAUUAAAGAUCUGAACAUGUGCAGGACAGAGAUCAUCAUUCCCCUGAAGGAGAAACAGGUGCAAAAUGUAGACUUUGACGGCCUCUUUGGCAACAUCGACUCUGUGAUCGAUCUCUCCAGCCGGCUUUAUGAAGCACUUCAGGAUAAUGAUUGUAUUGGUACUGUGUUCCUGGACUUUAAAUCCGAGCUGGAGGAGGUGUAUAAGGUGUACUGUCAGAAUCAUGAUGAUGCUAUCAACCUGCUGGAGAGCUAUGAGAAAGAUGAGAACAUUCAGAAGCAGGUGCUGGAAUGCCUGGAGAACCUCAGAGUGUUAUACCAUGAGUGGGGAAAGGCGAACUAUAUUAAUCUCGGUUCAUUCCUAAUAAAACCUGUUCAGAGGGUGAUGCGCUACCCACUGCUGCUCAUGGAGCUCCUAAAUACCACUCCUGAGUCCCACUUUGACAGAAAGCAGCUUGCAGAUGCUGUGGCGUCUGUCAAAGAGAUCAAUGUCAACAUCAAUGAGUACAAGAGACGAAAGGACCUGGUAAUGAAGUACAGGAAGGGUGAUGAAGACAGACUCAUUGACAAGAUCUCCAAGCUGAGCAUGCACUCCAUCAUUAAGAAGUCCAACAGAGUGAGCAGUCAUAUCAAGCACCUGACUGGGAUUUCACCACAGGUCAAAGAUGAAGCUUUUGAUGAAGCUGAAAGGCGAUUCAGACUCCAGGAACGAUUGAUCAAAUCGUUCAUUAGGAAUAUCUCCCUCUAUCUGCAACACAUCAGGGAGUCGGCCUCAGUGAAGGUUCUGUCAGCCAUCAGUUUCUGUGAUAUUUACAAUGAGCGUCAGCAGCAGCUAGACCCUGAGCGCUUUCAGAGAGCCCACCGCUGUAUAAGUGACAAGCAGUUUACUGAGUUUAAGGAGAGGACCGAGGCUCUGAUCAUCUCUCCCCUCAAUCAGUUGCUUUCCAUGUUUGCUGGACCACACAAGCUGAUCCAGAAGCGCUUUGACAAGCUGUUGGAUUACGAUAACUGUAAGGAGCGAGCUGAGCGUCUAAAGGACAAGAGGGUGCAGGAAGAGCUUCAGGCAGCAAGAAAUAACUACGAGGCCCUGAAUGCCCAGCUGCUGGAUGAGCUACCUAAGUUCCACCGUGCUGCUGAGGAUCUCUUCACCAGCUGUGUGCGGGGCUUUGCCCAGGCUCAGAGAGACUUCAUACGUCACACACUGGGAGAGCUCACUCCUCUCCUGCAGUUGUCAGGAAUCGUUGGUACGGAGGGGAACCUGGUGUCACUGUUUCAGGAGGAGCACAGCCGAGUUCUCCAGCUCUUACAGAGUUUCAGCUUCUUUCCAGAGAACCUCCCCACUCCACGCAAGCCCUUUGAAAAGAAAACCGUGGAAAAGCAAACCUCUAAGAAGCAGCUUCUGAGCCCUCCAAACUACAUAAUGCAGACAGAUGAUAAUCGUACAGGGCUGCUCGCUAACUAUGGCCCAGAGAAACUCUACCAGGCUACCAGGAACUUCAAUGCAGCACAGGACCUGGAUGUUUCUAUACUGGAGGGGGACAUAGUGGGCGUCAUUAAACAGCAAGACCCCAUGGGUAGCCAGAAUCGCUGGCUUAUAGAUAAUGGUGCCACAAAGGGCUUUGUUUACAGCUCCUUCUUAAAGCCCUAUAACCCACGCCAGAGCCAUUCGGACGUUUCCAUCGAGAGCCAGUCGUCCAACGAGUCAGGAUAUGGUGGUUCCUCUCCUGUGUUCUCACGGCAAAACAGUAACAGCACAUUAACUUUUAACCCUGAGGCAUCCACUGUUAGCUUUCUCACAUCACCACGCCCUGCUCAGGACUCAGGGCACAGAGAUGCUUCACCACCAAGCUUACCGCCCAGCAAUCAAAGGGAUUUCAUCGAAUCCUCUUCCAGAAAUUCCACCAUUCAAGGAGAACUAUCAGAGACUGCUAUUCGUAAUGCUGCAAAUCACCGGGAUUAUUCAGAUCACCAGAAUCUUACCAGUUACAGAGACUCCAUUGACUCCAGUUACACCACUCCAGCCAAUUACAGAGACCUCUCAGACUUUUCAGAGACAGACUCUGUUUUGUCCAAUAGAAUCUCCAGACAUGAGGUGUCUCAGAGAGACACAGCGUAUGGUACUCAACAGAGAUGCAACGGUGAGACUUCAGUACAGCAAAAACAGUCUCAGUAUGCAGCUGAUGAGCACAUAGAUCCUGACCAGGAGAUGGAUGGCCAUCAGAUCUAUUACGCUGUUUACUCUUUUAAUGCACGAUGUGCGAAUGAACUGACCAUCUCGGCCAACCAGAGGGUGCGAAUCUUGGAGUUCCAGGACAUGAACGGCAACCAGCAGUGGUGGCUGGGAGAGGCAGGAGGACGAAGGGGCUACGUUCCCUCCAACUACAUCCGCAAGUCUGAAUAUACCUGAACAUAGGAUCAGAGGACAUAUGAGAGGCGGAGGACUGUUCAGAUCCACCAGAUCUCCACAAGUAUGUUCAGAUGCACAGAUCCAGAAAUCAAGGGACAUUAGUGUGCCUUUACUCUGUCAGAUAUGGGCUGAUGUGGUGAACUGGUUGUUGCUGCUUAUAGAAAGAAAAUGUGAUUUUUCAUCACUGCAUUUCUGACUUCUUUUGUUGAAUGUAACCUUUGAACUCUCACUGUGGUUUGGGAAAAGGUGGAGAGAUGAAGACCAGGAAUCAUGUUAGCACCUAACCGGGAGUUUUGAGCCAGGUUAAUAAUGAAUUGAUGGGUGGAUAUGUGUGCAUGACAUUGGCGUGAACAGUUUGAUGUGAAAAACAGAGUGUGUAUUAUAUUAGAGCUUGUGAACAAAAGCGGAUAAAGUGGGGUGUGGUAGAAAGGUCUUGGCUUGCUUGGGUGACAAUCAUUGUGCACCUAUAGACAGACACAUCCCUUAUUCAUCUAUUAAUCAUAUGAACACAAACAAGACACUCAACACACCAGAACAAGUCAUGAACAAUAUUUAAGUUUCCCGACAUGUGAAAACAUUUUAUAUAAUUCUUUUAUAUUUUUUUUUAACUUUUUUAUUUUUUAAAUGCUUUGUUUCUUAUGAUAAUCUCAGCUGUGAAUUAGUUUUGAGAUCUGAACCAACAAGGGUUUCACCAAUAAGAUGCACGAGUUCAGCCAUCGGUACCAAUGAGACCCCAAAGGUCUUUUGGAUGUGUGGCAGCACCAAAUACUAUUUAUGACUCUCAUUCAUCUGUUAUGAAGUAUCGUAACCAUGUAUUUACUGUACUCAAGUGUCAAGCAACUUGUUCCUUUGUCAUUUGAAUAAAGCAUCUGAGAAAAGAAA